AUGAAUGAUGAGACUGUUACUAUCAAAGUCUUUGAUUCUAUAAAACAAUCUUCUUAUAAAGACGAUUGUUUUAGUCUUGAAGCACUGAAGGAACAGGAGACUGGUUUGGAAGAUAAAGAUCAUUCUUCCCGUACCCACAAAAUUCUCAAUGAAGAUGAUGACAAACCUGGGAGGAAACCCCAAGGGAGGCGUCAUCCUAUACUGAAGAAGAUUGAUGCCAACCUUCAAACUAGAACACAAGGAUCACUAGCAGGGAAUACUGACAUUCCUUCAACAACCUCGCCAAAAGUAGCACAUAUCUCCCCUUCAGAGCAAAUCAAAGUUGUCACCUUAAGAAGUGGGAAAGCCACAGCACAGCCCACAGUUCAACCAAAGGAAAAUGAACAGACUAAAGAAUCUGAAGCAGCCCCAAAAGCACAGCAACAAUCACCAGUCACAGAUGAACAGAACCCAGAACCUGAAAAGGAAGCCAACAGCCAACCAAUCAGUCCAACUCAAAGCAGGCAAAUAUCAACAAAAAUUUCGUUCCCUCAAAGAACAAAAAAGCAACAGGAGGAUAAGCACUUUGGAAAGUUCCUGGACAUUUUAAAACAACUUCACAUCGACAUUCCUCUGGUGGACGCACUAGAACAGAUGCCCAGGUACGCAAAAUUCAUGAAAGAUGUCCUCUCAAAAAAAAGAAGAAUAACAGAAUAUGAGACUGUAAAAAUGACACAAGAGAGUUGCCAGUACUUAGGCAGACUCCCACCUAAGCUUCAAGACCCAGGAAGCUUAACCAUUCCUUGCAUUAUAGGAGACACGUACCAAGGGAAAACCUUGUGUGAUUUAGGGGCCAGCAUCAAUCUCAUGCCCCUAUCUGUCUUCAAACAAUUAUCCACUGGACCAGCUAAACCCACCACAGUGACUUUGCAAAUGGCAGACAGAUCCAUCGUCAAGCCAAAAGGGAAGAUUGAAAAUCUGCUAGUCAAAGUAGACAAAUUUAUCUUACCCACCGACUUCAUCAUUCUGGAUUAUGAAGCUGACGUUGACGUUCCCAUCAUUAUGGGUAGACCAUUCCUAGAAACUGGAGGAGCAGUUAUCAAUGUACAAAAAAGGGAACUAACCAUGAGAGUUCAUGACGAUGAGAUCAAGUUCAAUAUUGUCAAAGCAAUAAAGUUCCAGGAUGAAGGAGAAGACUUGGAAGAAGGUUCUGCUCUCACUUUGUUAGACAAUCAGCCUAGCAGAAAAACAGAGGAAGAAGAAGAAGAAGAUCCACAAUAG